AUAUCACCUUGUGCCCGUAGUCUAUUCUGGUGGAAAGACGAAGCUACAAUGAAAAACUGAAUGGCUGCCCAGGCUACCUCCUCUGUCAGUGGUUCUCUGGUCUCUAUCAACACGUCUGCUAUUGUUGGAGCAGAAAUGGAUCCACAGAUCAGCUGCUGAUUGGUCCACAUAGCUGCUAAAAACCACAGACACCCAGACCAGUGUCUCCGGUGCCCAGCUGUGUGUCCAUGAAGAGUGACGAGUCCAUGGAACACCCUCGCAAUUUCAGCAGUGGACCACCAAAGUCUGAUCCAAAACCACAGACACCCAGACCAGUGUCUCCAGUGCCCAGCUGUGUGUCCAUGAAGAGUGACGAGUCCAUGGAACACCCUCGCAAUUUCAGCAGUGGACCACCAAAGUCUGAUCCAAAGAUGGAUGACAUGAAGCAGCCAGCUGGGCCAGAUGACCAAACAAACAAGAUGAUGCCUGGCACAGGGUGCAACACACUUCAACCCUCAUUCAUUUGCCAAUGCAUGCGAGAAACAUUGGACCAACUGUCUAGUGACGACCUCAAAAGGUUCAAGUCUAAUUUAAAGGAAGAACUCCCAUGGGGUAAGCUGGAGAAAGCUGACACGGAUGACAUAGUGGACCAAAUGGUACAAAAGUACUGUGUAGAAGACUCGGUUGAGGUCAUGCUGAAGAUUUUAAGGAUCAUGGGAAACAACCAGCUGGUCAAAAACUUGGAGAGGAAACUAGGCAAAGUGAUUUCCAGACCUCAGAAUAAAGAGGAAAAAUCUCCAGCCACGCAUCGCCUUCAGUCCCUCUUAAUAGAUAAGUAUUUCCUUGUACGUCAAGAGCUGGGAGACGAAGAGCUACAGGACAUCUACACUGAUCUUUGUGUUGUAGAGGGACGCACUGGGGGGGUCAACAGUGCACAUGAAGUGUCAACAAUUCACUUAAAACAAAUUGAGACCAGGACAUUCUCUGGGACCAUGAACUCAGUCAAGUUGUCAAACCUAUUCACUGACCACUAUUAUGCUGGUAAACUUGUCACAAAGGUCUUGACUUUGGGAAUAGCCGGAGUGGGGAAAAGUGUUGCUGUGCAAAAGUUUGUCUUGGACUGGGCAGAAGAGAGAGAGAACAGAAAUAUAGAACUGGUUUUUGUUCUUCCAUUUCGAGAGCUGAACUUGUACAAAGAGGACUACAGCCUAUUUGACCUUCUCCUUAAAUUCUACCCAGAGCUUGAAGAGUUUAAAGAAGCCAUGGAAUUGAAAAAGACAGUUCUUUUUGUGUUGGAUGGUCUGGAUGAAAGCAGAAUCCAGCUGGACUUCAAGGACAAGGACAACCAAGUCUGUGACCCAAAAGAAAAAGCAUCAGUUGCCAUGUUAACAACAAGUCUAAUAACUGGUAAACUGGUGCCUUCUGCACUCAUCUGGGUAACAACGAGACCAGCAGCAGCCAACAAGGACCUGUGUGACCUUUUCCACUUAGUGACAGAGAUCCAAGGCUUCAAUGAACAUCACAGAGAGGAGUAUUUUAGGAAGGUCAUUCCAAAGAAAGCUGAAGAUGUUAUAGCACACGUCAAAUCAAAGAGAAGCCUCUACAUAAUGUGUCACAUUCCAGUGUUCUGCCGGAUCACAGCAGCUGUGCUUGGAGGAAAGGGAGAAGAGCAAAGUGCCUCUGACCAGGAAAUGCCCAAAACAUUGACUGAAAUGUACACACAAUUCAGUGUCUUUCAGAUCACCAGAAUGAAUGAGAGAUGCGAGAAGAAGAUGAGCCCAGAGGAAAAAGGACAGCUCCUUGUUAAACUUGGGAAACUGGCAUUCAAACAUCUGGAGAAGGGCACCCUGAUAUUUUAUGAGGAGGACCUGAGAGAGUGUGACAUUAAUGUAAAUACAGGAGCAUUGCACGCUGGACUUUGUACAAAGAUCUUCAAAAAAGAAAGUGCUAUAAGUGGAGAGAGCAUAUUCAGCUUUGUGCACCUGAGUGUACAGGAAUUCCUGGCAGCUCUGUACUUGCUCCACACACAUGCAAUUGACCAGGCAAAUCUCUUCAUCAAGACUCCUUGGGAGAAGAUCAAAUGGAAUUUCAACUACUCAAGGUUCGACCUCUACAAGAUGUCUUUGGAGAGGGCAUUACUAAAUGAAAAUGGACAAUUGGAUCUGUGUUUGCGCUUCCUUCUUGGACUGGCUCCAAUGUUGGAGCCUGAGGUUCGGUUCCCCCUAAAUAAUGUUCUGCCACAAUUGGGUGUCGGGCAACUGAGCAUCAAGAAGACUGUUGAAUACAUCAAGAAAAAGAUUGAAAAUGAAAACAUCCCACCAGAACGAAUCAUCAACCUCUUCCACUGUCUGAAUGAACUUGGAGAUGAUUCACUGGUUGAGGAGAUCAACAGAUACAUGAGCUCAGCAGACGAGGAGAAGAGACUGACUCCAGCCCAGUGUUCAGCUCUGGCGUACCUGCUGCUGAUGUCAGCUGAAGAGCUGGAGGAGUUUGAUCUGAAGAAAUACCUGAAAUCAGAGGA